CAUAUGAUGAUUCGCAAACAUGAUGGAUGUUCAAGGCAUAACCUUUCUCAAUAUAUUAAUGUUUUACCUAAAACAAGUCCAAAAGAUAAAAGCCAGCAAUGUGUAUGUAAAGCAUAUGCUGAAAUUUUAAAAGAAGAAGCCUAA